AUGCAGUUCAUGCUCACCAUCUCUGCCGUCAUGGCAGCAAUCCUCGCCGUCGCGAUGCCGCCGCCAAACGCCCCUGGCCUCACCCUCACAAUGAGCCCCAACGCAACCGACGUCCUGAAGUCUCACGGCAUCUGGGCUCCCGACCCCGCUGCCUUCGCUCGUGGCACUCCCAACACCGCCGGCGUCGACUUUGCCGUCCAGAGCGAGCGCCUCGCCCAGUCUGGCAUCGAGAUCAAGGACCUCGUCUACUACACCAUCGACACGGCCGCCGUCGCCAGCUCUCACGAGUCCCAGCCCGACACCCGCGCCGUCUCGGCCAGGGCCGACUGCUCCCACUGCUCGCUUUGCAUGAAGGCGUGCAUCCCCAUGCUUCUGCUGUGGCCGUUCUGCGCUGCCGGCUGCCAUGGCCAGUCGUAUUGCAAUGGUUGCGGACCCAUUAUCCCUGGAUGGAGCACUUGA